GGUCGACUCGCGCCUCCACCCAAGAUUUGAUUUUGCAAAGGGCCGCAAGCGAGGAAGCUGGGACACGAGAAAGCGCCUCGCACGAAUGCCAUUCUCGACCUGGUAUCUUCUAUGCAAAUACUGUGGACCCGCGACCACGCCGGCCAUGUCACCACUCUCCCGGGCCCAGUGCUCCCCGCCCGCCCGGGAAAGGAGGAAAAAAAAGAGGGACGCACACUGCAUCUUGAGCGCCUAGAAAUACCAAGAAUCCCCAAGAAACCCAGCUCCUCACCCUCCUCCGCGGCCUGCUUCUGGUCGGAUCAUCUUGCCCUUGUGAACUCGUUCAUUCCUGUGCAAGAACCCCCCCACCCCUCGCGACACCCUACACACACCUUCCUCUUCAGAAAUGGCGAGCUACUCACUAAGACGACACGAAGAAGGCCCGUCUCUCGACACUUGAUAGCCGUGAGCAAGAGGAGCUUUACAUACCACCGAGGAGGAUAUCCUACCGCCGAACCGGGCACGAGGCCAAAGACCAUCAGAGAUUGAAUACAAGAGAGCCCAAGAGAGCCCAAGAAACCGGCCAACGCAAUCCCCAGACGCGCACAUAGAGCUGCGCAAGCAUACCUAAACAGCAUCGUCACCGGGCACCGACCAGCCCGCACCAACAAGACGCAAUGUCGUCCUCGGCGAACCCCGGCGGUGGCAGCCGAGACCCGUCCCCGGCCACGGGAACAGCAACCCCAGCAAGAAGGGAGAAGAAGAGAGUCGGAUUCCAUGAUCGAGACAGGCCCCCGAGCAUCGUCGUCGACGACGGUAACAUCCAGCAGCCCCUGAUGACAAUGCAGUCUGCUUCCGUUGCGGAACCCGACCCCUUCGGCACGCCACGGCCGUCACCGCCCACCGAGCAGCAACAGGCACGUCAACAAGUCGGGGCACCGGAUGCCUCGGAGCUGCGCCGAGCCCUCAGCCAGCUCGUGACCCAGCCAGACGGUACGACGGCCACGACGGUCGGCGGCCUUGGCAUCGCGAGCUCGUCAGCCACAAGUACUGGAGCGCGAACGCCGCUGCAGCCCCCACGACCUGCGCUCCGGCGCAACACCAGCUAUGAUGUACCAGAGAUCCGACAGGCUGCGGACCUAGCCGAGCUGAACCUGGGCGAGCGGCAGCACAGGUCCGGUCUGGCCGCCCGCGAGCGUGCCCACAACCUGGCCGCCCGCGUCGAGAACUACACGUCCCCAUAUGCCUCCCGUCGUGCUUCCUUUGACACCGAUGAAGAGGAUCUUGAGGCUGGCGGUCGGGCCGCGGGCCCUGGGAUAGGGGCUGACAAGGGACGGGCCUCGGGCCGGGAGCAAGAAUCUCGCCAGGCCGGAAAUGGGCGUGUGCGGGCACGCAAGGGGUCCCAUCUCACAGCCGAGAACCUGGUGCGCACACAUACCCGACGCGCACAAAAGUACAAGGGUGCCGGAGGGCGACCUGCUGUCAGCAGCGGCAAGGGAAGCAGCCCGAACGAUGAGUACUUUAGCUACCAGCCCCCGUCCGGCGUUCGCUCCGGGGCGUCGACCCCGACGCACGAGCAGGCGGACGGCGACGAGUACGUGCCCCGCCCGGGUAGAUACCACGGCGGCAUCUUGGGCACCCUUCUCAAGCUUUACAACGAGAGUGGCGGUAACAGCGGCCGCUCGACGCCAGGAACGGCUACGCCCAAUGUCAUGACGCCCAAUGCGUCCCCUCCGGGGUCUGCUGCUCCCUCGACGCCCGCGUCUCCGCGGCCCUCUCGGCCCAGCAGUGGCAUCUGGAGCAACAUCCAUGGCGGGCCCUCCUCGCCGGGAGACCACAAGCGCCAGUCGCAGUCGACCCUGGGCGAGCUGAUGAAGUCAACCUCGACGCUCAUGGCCCCGGGAUCCAGCAUGUAUUCGGAGAGCGUUGCGGACAAGAUCGGCAAGGAACCCGUUCUUCCAUCGCCCAAGAAGAGGCGGUCAGGCCUUUUCGGCGGCUCGCCCAAACCGCCCAAGCCUCCCAAGCCGUCCCAGGCCGACAAGAGGAUCCGCAUCACCAAACACAUUGCGCAGAUCCUCUCGCGGCACAAGUUCCUGGUCAAGCUGUGCCGGGCCCUCAUGUCGUACGGGGCGCCGACGCACCGGCUGGAGGAGUACAUGACCAUGUCGGCUCGCGUGCUCGAGAUCGAGGGCCAGUUCCUGUACAUGCCGGGCUGCAUGCUUAUUUCCUUUGACGACAGCUCCACACACACGACCGAAGUCAAGAUUGUCCGCGUGCGCCACGGCGUCAACCUGGGCAAGCUGCGCGACGUCCACGCCAUCUACAAGGAGGUUAUCCACGACAAGAUGGGAGUCGAAGAGGCCACCGUCCGCCUGGACGAGAUCCUCAAGAGGGACCUCAAGUACGGCAUUUGGGUGCGCGUGCCCAUCUACGGCCUCGCCUCGGCCACUGUCGCUCCCUUUGCCUUCCAGGGCAGCUUCAUAGACAUGCCCAUAGCCUUUGUGCUCGGCUGCCUUCUCGGCAUCAUGCAGCUGAUCCUCGUCCCCUCAAAUGAGAUGUAUGCAAACGUCUCCGAGGUCAGCGCCGCCAUCGUCAUGUCCUUCCUCUCCCGCGCCUUUGGCUCCAUCCGGUACAACGGCGAGUACAUCUUCUGCUUCUCUGCCCUGGCCCAGAGCUCCAUCGCCCUCAUCCUACCAGGCUACAUGGUCCUGUGCGCUGCCCUCGAGCUGCAAUCGCACAACAUCGUUGCCGGCUCCGUCCGCAUGGUCUACGCCAUGAUCUACACACUGUUUCUCGGGUACGGCAUUACCAUCGGCACUGCCUUGUAUGGCAUGCUGGAUCGGCAGGGCGCGUCGUCCAAGCCCUUUUGCGAGAAACCCCUAGACCGCAACUGGAACCUCCUCUUUGUUCCCAUCUUUACGCUCUGCCUCUGCAUCAUCAACCAGGCCAAGUGGAGGCAGACGCCCGUGAUGCUCACUAUUGCCUUUGCUGGCUACUGCGUCAACUCGUACUCGGCUACUUUCUUUGUCAAUGCCUCCCAGGUCUCCAACAUGUUGGGCGCGCUGACCGUGGGCAUCCUCGCCAACCUCUACUCGCGCCUCGGCCGCCACGUCCGCAACGCCUGGCUCGACUUCCUCGACUGGUGGGAGGCGCGCGUCCGGCCGCGCUUCUCCAGCGUCAGCCGCCGCCGGAACGAGCUCCGCGGCCGCACCGCCACGCGGCCCAACGCCGACGAGUACACGGUCCAGGAGCGCGCGGCUAGCGCCCACACCUCGGACGCCGGAUCGCGACCGCCCUCGCCCGGCGCCGAGGGCCGCGAGAAGGGCGGCGACGACGGCGACAACGACAACCACGACAACCACGACAAGGAGGCCAGGGACGGAAAGUCGGAGGCGGCGGCGCCCACCGCCCGCGCACGCAGCAUCGGCUACGGGCUCGCGGCGGCGGCCAUGCUCCCGGCGAUCUUUGUGCAGGUGCCCGGAGGGCUGGCGGCGGGCGGCUCGCUGCUGGCGGGCAUCCAGACGGCGAACCAGAUCACGCGGUCCAACAUGACGGUCCUCAUCAACGGGACCGAGGUCAACAUCACGUCGCUGGCCGGGGCCGGGGCCGCCGCCACGAGCUCCCUGGGACACAACAUGAACAGCAACGCCUUUAGCGUGCUGUUCAACGUCAUCCAGGUCGCCAUCGGCCUCACCGUCGGCCUGUUCCUCAGCGCCCUCAUCGUGUACCCGUUCGGCAAGAGGAGGAGCGGGCUCCUGAGCUUCUGAGCACGGCCUAUGUGGGCCUUUGCUCGUCUCCUUUGUUUUCUGGGUUUACAAAAAGAGCACUGUCUUCUUUGUUUCUUUGGUUCCUCUUGCAAAAGUUGGAGUUCUCUUCUCGUUGCUAUCACCCUUUUCCCUUUUGUGUUAUUCUCGUUACUUUUUGCUUUGGAGUUAUUGCAUGCCGUCGCUCCCAGCGACCCGCACACUCAGCAUUUGCUUUGUACAGCAUUAGAAGCGCCAGCUAUAGAUAGACUUGAUGGCGACAGGCCUUGUGAUGGCAUACUUUCAGCACAUACCUAAUAGGGGCGUUCCCCCACUCUCUACUUUUAUUUUACCGUUACGUUCAAUACGGUCGGUCCUCGUGGCUCCCGUGUUCAA